GUAUCUAUCACGCUGUCAGGCUUUUGCAAUAAUGACCUCUUUGCUAGAGGUGAAAGGAAGGAGAGUAUGGGAUAAAAGUGAAAACUCCCACAGUUGGGAUUGUCUUUUGUUCGAGUCAGAUGCCAUGACUUUUACCGUGUAUUGGAGUAGAAUAUACAGGAAUCGUCUUAGUCACCAGAGCUGAUUGCUAUCUGCGAGGUCAGAUCCUUUAUUCCUAGCUAUGCUUUUCCUGGAGAGCCAUUCUCCCUUAUCAUCAUACAAGUUCGGGAUUUGUCAGAACAACACUUCAGUAGAAAACCAUUCAAUCUUUGGAUCUUCCAGGCUUAUUGACUGCAAAAUCUCUAUUGACGGAGAUCUACUAUGGAUGCAAAUACGUAAAUACAUGGCAUAGCAGUAAAGUGCUACCUGUGAUUGCCCCUGUGAUACUCUUCAAAGUUCUCUAAAUAGAUUUCCAAUAAUGUGGCCUAGAAUCUUACUUUCCGAAGUAAUAUGCUUCAAUACAGGUUGGCGGGUUGCCUAACUUUUGCUUUAAAUACAAGGUUUCAAUAUUCUUUAAUGUGUCUUUUCUAUAAAUUACUCUUGCCUAACCUUUUUGAAAUGAAUGUUACCAGCAAGAAGUGCAAAAACUGAUCUUUGUUUAGCUAUCAGUUUAUCUAUUGUUAGUUUUGAAAGUAAAAAUUGAUGUAAAACCAACUACUAUAUGUAUUUCAGUAUAUUUUUCUUUGGUGUAUAGGAAAUCACUAAGGGUAGUGAUGUAGACAAACUCAAUCGUGGGUGUUGAAUAUUUAAAAAUCAUACAAUUAAAGUCAUACUAAAUGUAGUAUGGAGAUAUAGCAUGGGUAGUAACACCUCUUGAUUAUUUUAUACAUCUUUCUUUUCUUUUCUUUUUUUUUUUGUAAUUUGUAAAUUUAGGGAAGCACAAGCAUGUGAACAUGGAACUUAAAUGGAGGAGAAGGUAGACUUACUUUUACUCCGUAUCUAUUUAUUAUGUAAUUUGAGCCUGCUGUCAAAACAAUAUUCAAUCCCCAUCAGGUCAGUCCAGGAGUGUUUUACUGACUUAAAAGUACUACUGGGUAUCUUACUUAAUACUUGACUGUAUUAAUUUUUUUUUAAAAGAAAAUUAUUAUUCAUGUAUUUCGGUUACCAUAUUUUCAGAUAUUCUUGUCUUGUGAUAUCAUGAGUUCAACAAGUUGAGAUUUUCUCUGUUAUAAGCUCCAUUUUUAAUUUGGUGAUACAUUGGUAUAUGAUGGCCAGUAACAACUUAAAGGAAGUUGCAUUAUCAGAAUCUUUUGGUUUUAGAAAAGAAUUCCGUCUUCAGAAGGAUGGUGCCAAGAAAAGGAGAUUUCGCCGUGCAAGGAGUGCUCCUGUCAGGGAGUUUUCUGAAAAAGUAAGUAGUGAUACAGCUGAUAAUGCUUCUACAAAAAGUCUAGAUAACCUAUUGAAGAGUAUUCACCCAAGCCUCAGAAAAGUAGCCACGGCCUUGAUUAUAUACCUGAGUGUUGGUGUUCUUUGCUUCUACCUGAUCAGAAACCAGAUCAGUGGUAAAAAGACAAAUGCUGUACUUGAUGCUCUUUACUUUUGUGUGAUCACAAUGACUGCGGCUGGGUAUGGGGACCUAGCUCCAAAUACCGACCUUGCAAAGCUCUUUGCUGCUGCUUAUGUCUUCGUAGGGCUGGCUUUGAUUGGAUUGAUCCUUAGCAAGGCGGCAGAUUACCUUGUUGAGAAGCAGGAGGCACUGCUUGUUAGAGCAUUGCAUAUGAGUCAUGAAUUUGGUCCUAGUGACAUUAUGAAGAAAAUUAAAAGAAACAAAGCAAAGCAUAAAGUUGUCUUGAUUUUUGUAUUUCUCUUGUUUCUCAUGCUAAGUGGAACACUCUUUCUGAAGUUUGUUGAGAAGAUGAGAUUUUUUGAGGCAUUUUAUUGUGUGUGUGCUACUGUUUCUACCCUGGGAUAUGGAUACCCAAGUUUCAGUUCAUUGGGAGGUCGUGUUUUUGCAAUCUUGUGGAUUUUGAUCGGAACCAUAUGUGUAGCGCAGUUCUUCCUUUAUCUUGCAGAGUUACAUGCUGAAAGGAGACAGAAUCAUCUGGUUGAGCGUGUUCUUACCCGGUGCAUGACUGAUUUUGAUAUAGAGGCAGCUGAUCUCGACGAUGAUGGAGUUAUUGAUGCUGCCGAGUUUGCUUUAUAUAAGUUGAAAGAGAUGGGAAAAUUUACACAGGAAGAUAUAUCACUUGUAAUGGUAGAAUUUGAAGAACUUGAUGUUGAUCAGUCAGGGGCGAUAUCUACAGCUGAUAUAACAUUAGCUCCAUUAUCUCCGCAAGCAGCAAAAUUGCCAUCUGAGAGGAAGACUCCUUAACAUACUACUAAAGUUUGAGAUAUUUUGCAAGUUUGAUGUUUAAAUAUUCAAUAUCAUACCAAAUAUGUAGAUUGGUGUCUGAUCACUAUUCUUGUAGUACUUUGUAUGGGUUGUAAAUUCUUGAAUUCUGCAACACUAAUGCACUUCUAACACACUCAAAUAUACACUAAUGCACUUCUAACACACUCAAAUAUACAGUAUAGGUAUGUGUACUAAAGUGCACUUUUUGUCCAAUUGUUUGGAAUUAAUUAAAGUGGUAUAUAUCACAAUUUGGCUUAGUCCACUUUUUGUCCAAGUGGACUGAGGCAAAUUGUGAUAUAUUGCUCAGAGAUUACAAGACUGAUGGUUGCCUUGACUGGAUUGUGUCAUGGGGUAAGUAUGAUAUGAAAAUCAGGCAGACAGGCGCGGUUCUUGUGUGGUUUAUUUGGCAUCGUCGCCAUGAGAACAUCUUCAACUACAAAGAGAUUCCACACCUGCUGCUGCUUGAGAGAGUCCACAGGUUAGUGACUGACUACAACAAUUAUGCUUCAAAGGUUUAUGGGGGGAGGAUUGUUAUGCGUGAUAAAAGCCCAAAAGUAUGGAAAGCACCCCUAGCCAAUGCUAUUAAGGUGAACUGCGAUGCUGCAAUCCUUGAUGGUGGAUGGGUGGGGCUCGGUUCAGUGGCUAGAAACGCAAAGGGUCAGGUCCUGUUUGCUGGAACGAGGCGUGUCAGAGGUUUUUGGUCUCCGGCAGUUGCUGAAUGUAUGGCGAUCUACUUUGGUGCCAAGCUUAGUAAGAGAUUCAACCUUCAAGAGGUGGUGAUUGAGUCGGACUCGCAGAUAGUGGUGGACAGAUUGGAUAGAGCCUCAACUUUUUUAUCGGAUCUCGACAAUAUCCUUGAUGAUGUCUUAGACAUUUGUUCGUGUUUUAAUUUUAUUUCUUGGUCUUACGUUAAAAGGGAGGGAAUUUUGUAGCU